CUGCCUGAUAUUAUAUUCUGGAGCACGCCGCCUCGCCUCGCGCUAGAUAUUUCGAGUGUUGCUUCUACCACCUAUGAAUUUACCUAGUCUCAGUCACAGAACACGCCCGGUGCAGCCGCCCGCAUCGCUUAAUAAACCUUUAGCGAUAAUAUCGGAUUUAUUUGUCUAGUUUCUCGUGGUUGCGCGUUUCACGUCAGAGAGUUGUAUGUGUAAACAACACAGGAUUGAAACCGGAUUUCGCUCUAUGAUUUUCAUAGACGGAUUACGCGGAUCUCCACUAAGCGGGUUAAGUAGCGGUCACGCAGCAUGAGCGUGGAGGACCGGAGCGCUAGCACCAGCACCGGCGUGAUCCGCGGGUGGGGCUGCACGCCGACCGGCGACCCGCCGCCCGCCACCGUCUGCGAGGGGCGAAGCCCCACCGUCUGUCUCCCCGCCGGACUAGUCAGGGGCUGGAGAAGAACCUGCCUUUACGCCAUCAUAGUGGUGUUAAUGGUGCUGGUGUUUCUAAACAUAGCGCUGACCCUCUGGAUUAUAAGCACGUUGCGGUUAAAUGCGAAUGGCAUUGGCCCAAUCAAGAUCAUCAAGAACGGCAUCCAGCUGGACGGGCAGGCGUGGGUGGUGGACCAGCUGGCGGUAUCAACAAUCUCCUCGGCGCCCGCGCAGCCCGUCACCGUGCACUCUUACCGCAACUUCAGCGUGCUGGUCUCGGAACCCACUUUCGGGAACAACAACACUUUGCGACAUGUGGAACUGGCCAAGUUACUAAUUAAGCGUGACAGCGUAGUGUGUAGCGGUCGUAAAUUUGAGGUUCGCGACGCGCACGGCGCCAGCGUGUUCUCGGCGUCGCGCGACGAGGUGCGCGUGGCGGCGGAUACUUUGGCGGUGGCCGGCGCGGGCGGCGUCACGGUCAAGAACGCGAUACAGGCGCCCUCUGUACGCGCGCCACCUGGAUCUGACUUACAGUUGGAAUCAUUGACCAGACGCCUGAGCUUGAAGGCGCCGCAGUCGAUACAUUUCGACAGCAGAGCGGGCAGCAUGGAUAUGACAUCACAUGGCGAUAUAAAGUUCAACUCUCUCGUUGGAUCAAUUAAAUUCGAUGCUCCGAAUAUUAUCAUUAGUAAUCUAAAGGAGGCCAACGUGACAAACAAGGCUCAGAAGAAUAUUAGAACAAUGAAAGUUUAUCAGCUCUGCGUCUGCUUAUCGGGGAAGCUGUUCCUCGCGCCACCUGACAGCGUGUGCGCCUCCACUGAUGACGACAUGUGCCGAUGAUGAGCGACGUUACAUUCAAAAUAAGAACUUUUUGAACUGAUACGAGUAGUAUCAUAUCUCCGUAGAUUUAAAAAAAAACUCUACAAUACAACAGAGAAGUGAAUUCUAAUAUGCCAGUGCCUAAUAUUGAAAAGUUUGUUUGAUGAAAAAUAGAGAUUAGAGAAUGGACGAAUAAU